AUGUUGGAGGGUCCAAAAUUUACUGGGAUUAUCGACCUAAACUAUGCCCCUGACAAUUACAAUCUCUCACAAAAUUUUUAUCACAAGCUCAAUGAGGGGUCUAACAUGUCAACUGAUAGUUAUGGGAGCUUGCAGAUGAGCAAUGGUGGAGGUUCUGUGGACAUGUCGACAGUCAACAGCAGUGUUGGAUCAAAUGGUUCCCGCACACGCAUCUUGGGCCAUCAGGGCCUCAAAUAUGUCAAAAACUAUUUUGAUGCUGCAAGUGUCAAUCGUGGGAGAGUCUCUCAUGGGCUGAGCGAUGAUGCUCUAGCUCAAGCUUUGAUGGACCCUCAAUAUCCUACAGAGGGGCUUGGAAAUUAUGAUGAGUGGACGAUUGACUUGAGGAAGCUUAACAUGGGUCCCGCUUUCGCUCAGGGGGCUUUUGGGAAGCUCUACAAGGGUAUUUAUAAUGGUGAGGAUGUUGCGAUUAAGCUUCUGGAGAGACCAGAGAACGAUGCAGAGAGAGCACACUUGAUGGAGCAGCAGUUUCAGCAGGAGGUUAUGAUGUUGGCAAGGUUGAAGCACCCGAACAUUGUUCGCUUUAUUGGUGCGUGCCGUAAACGCAUGGUCUGGUGUAUUGUGACUGAAUAUGCAAAGGGGGGUUCAUUGCGUCAGUUCUUGACAAAGCGGCGAAACCGAUCUGUGCCUUUGAAAUUGGCUGUAAAGCAGGCACUGGAUGUGGCUAGAGGAAUGGAAUAUGUGCAUGGCUUAAAUUUGAUUCACCGUGACUUGAAGUCUGACAAUCUUUUGAUAGCUGCUGACAAAUCGAUCAAGAUUGCUGAUUUUGGGGUUGCCCGUAUUGAGGUGCAGACUGAAGGAAUGACACCGGAAACAGGGACUUACCGCUGGAUGGCCCCGGAAAUGAUCCAGCAUAGGCCUUAUACACAGAAAGUUGAUGUGUAUAGCUUUGGGAUUGUCCUGUCAGAGCUUAUCACAGGGAUGCUUCCCUUUCAGAACAUGACUGCUGUUCAGGCAGCAUUUGCUGUCGUCAACAAAGGCGUCCGUCCAAACAUCCCCAAUGACUGCCUUCCUGUUCUCAGUGAGAUCAUGACCCGCUGCUGGGAUGCUAACCCCGAUGUUCGGCCAUCCUUCGGCGAGGUGGUAAGAAUGCUCGAGGCUGCAGAAACCGAUAUCAUGACCACAGUCAGAAAGGCUCGUUUCAGGUGCUGCAUGAGUCAGCCGAUGACUACUGAUUGA